UCCUUUUGUUCCUGCCCAGAUCCAGGCGGACCUCCUCUUCAACCAGAACACCAACGUGUACUUUGGGGAUUUCUACUGCAUGUACACGUCGUACCACUACGUGAUCCUGGUCCUGGCGCCUGCCGGCUCCGCCGGAGACGCCUUCUGCAGCGGCCGGCUGCCGGCGCUGGACCGGUCCGACAACCGCUUCCUGCGCUGCAGCGAGGAGCGCGACGGCUCGAUGUCCUUCGGCCACGCGCAGGACGUCAUCCUGGAGGUGGUCUACACCGAGCCGGUGGACCUGUCUCUGGGGACGGUCCAGAAGAUCAGCGGGCAGCACCUCCGGAGUCAGUCCACCGUCAACGCCAAGAAGGACCCCAGCUGCAAGAUCUGCAACAUCAGUGUCGGACGAUAGAACGUGUUUCAAAGCUAAAGUGCUUUAAACGUUUUUUCGUCUCUUUAUUUGCGGCUUUUUCCCGACGU